GGAGGCUUUAGAGAGAGGAAAGGAAGAAGAGGGACGGAAACCAUGGCUGCGCUAGUCGCCGUUUACCGUGUUCUAGGGAGGAAGAAGUUGACACACGGGAUUACGGCUGCUGUCUGCCUCCCAGAUCCCGGAACUCGCACGGUGCUAUGGAGAAGAAGUUGUUCACAGUAUAAACAGGUAACCAGCAAUGAAAACCUGCCUGUUGCAAUGGAAAACCCGUAUAAGGAACCUCUUAAGAAGUGUAUCUUGUGUGGGAAACAUGUGGAUUAUAAGAAUGUACAGCUUUUGUCUCAGUUUAUUUCUCCAUAUACUGGCUGCAUUCAUGGGAGGCAUAUAACAGGUCUUUGUGGGAAGAAACAGAAAGAAGUUUCAAAAGCUAUUAAGAGAGCUCAAAUAAUGGGGUUUAUGCCAGUUAUGUACAAGGAUCCUGCGUAUCUCAGAGACCCUAAAGUUUGCAACAUCAGAUAUCGGGAGUAAAUUUCAUAAAGUUAUUACCAGUAAACUCACUUCAUAGUAAGUGGUUGUAUGCCAUUAUUGAAUCAUACUAACCUUUAGGUAGAAAAGUGUUUGAAGAUUGAAGCUUCCCCCCACACACACCAUUGAAUGUUUACUGAGUAGAUUGUGUACUUGAAAUGCUGAUACUUGUUACAUUGUAUAUGCCUUGAAUAAAAGUGACCCUGUAUGAUUGUCA